AUGCCACACUAUGGCCUGCUCGCUGCGUUUAUCGCCCUGCUGAGCGUCGCUCAGCCCGCGAUGGCGAAGAUAGCGCCAAAAGUCUUUAUCGCGGACAUGUACGAUGACGAGGCUUCAGCGUGGUACAACAUCCCGGAGUUCAACGUCCUCUCUCAAAAUAUCAGUAUCCCCGGUCUCUCUCACGUUUACCCCACUAUCCACUGCACACAAGACGGGAGCAUCUGUCAGGUCGUCUGCGAUGAGGGCGAGAUCAACGCAGCUGUUUCGACAACAUCACUAUGGCUUUCCGACCAGUUCGACCUGACGAAGACGUACUGGCUAAUCGCUGGAGACGCUGGCAUCAACCCGAAGCUGGGCACUCUGGGUAGCGUCGCAUUCGCUCGUUUUGCGGUGCAGGUUGCGUUGCAGUACGAGUUUGACCCACGGGAGGUGCCGCAGUUUGCGGCGGGUUAUGUGCCUCAAGGUGCCACAUCUCCAAACGAGUUCCCACAGUUCCUCUACGGCACAGAGGUGUUCGAGCUGAACGACGCACUACGACAAAAAGCCGUCUCCGCCGCCAAGAAGGCCACUCUGAACGAUACGCCCUCCGCGCAAGCAUACCGUAACAAAUAUGCGAGCGUCACGGAGUACCGUGCCGCAAACAUCGCAGGACCUCAGAUCGUCCAGUGCGAUACUGCAACUAGCGACAACUGGUUCAGCGGGAAAAUACUCUCCACGGCUUUCGAGAACACCACCAAGCUCUUCACCAGCGGCGAAGGCGAGUACUGUACGACGGAACAGGAGGACAAUGCCGUUAUGGGUUCCCUCCUUCGCGGCGCUCUGGCGAAGAAGGUCGACUUCACGCGUAUCAUCUCCAUGCGGACGGGCUCGGACUUCGACCGUGAGGCGCCGGGGAUGAGCGCUGCGGAUAACUUGUUCAACGGGCAGGACGCGGGGUACGAUUCCGCAGUGAAGAAUAUCUACCUCGCCGGCGUGCGGGUUGUGGAGGAUAUCGUUGGGAACUGGGACUCUACGUAUAAGGCGGGAGUGAAACCCUCGAACUAUGUGGGUGACAUCAAGGGCACGUUGGGUGGAACCCCGCCAUUCGUGCCCGCGUCUGCUCUGUCUUCGAGGAAGAGAGAUGUCCGCAAGCGCAGGGCAGGUGGUAGGUAA